AUGGGUCUCCUUCAUCCCGAUAACCAGACCACGGCCACCGGCGCCACAACGGGCACCACCGGCCAUCACCACCACCUCGGCGGCGGCGUCAACCCGGCCACCCACAUCCCGGCCACCCAGACCACCGCCACCGGCCCUGCUCCCAACACCGCCGGCCCCCACAGACACGACAUCAUGAACAAGCUCGACCCCUCGGUCGACAGCGACCUGUCCAAGACGGCCGCAGCCCACACCGCGCAGCACAAGCACAACGUGUCGCCCGCCGUCGCCGGUGGUGUCGGUGCCGCCGCCGCGGCCGGCGUGGCCCACCACCACAACCACCACACGCCCCAUGCCGCUCACCCGGGCGCGACCACGGCCGCGUAUAACAACCACAGUGUCGGUGGCGUCGGGGGUGCCGGCGUCGGUGGUGCCGGUGUCGGUAGAGCCGGUGUCGGUGGCGCUGGUGUCCAGACCACCGCUGGCCCCCACAAGUCGGACAUGGCCAAUCGCCUGGACCCGACCGUGGACAGCCGCACCGGCUUGCGGAAGCAGAUCUAA